AUGGGACGUCUGCUUUUCGCUCUUUUCUUCAUUGAAAUCACUCUCUCAAAAGUGGAGCUCUACUCAUUCCCGCAGGCUCAUCCAGUGCCAAAACCCAAAAUUACUGGGAAAGGAAGUGAGAUAGUAGGAGUGAUUUUGAACACGAAUAUUAAAUAUGAUGAUGCUAUUUCCUUCGAAGAUGCCCUGCGCUUCCUCAAUGACAUAAAGAUUUUGGAAUACUCGAAGCCGCUUGGAGUCAUUGCUUUUACUCCAAACAUUGGCCCAAAUUCGGACACCUUAUUACCCUAUGUCCCGUUGCAGUAUGCUAUUCCACUUGAAAACGCCGACUGUAGGAAGGUAAAACUCUGGAUGAAUCAAGUCGUCCCCAGCUCGUCAAUCUACGAAUCCGCCAAUGUGGUCUGCUCUGAUACGCCAACACCAUCGGAGCAAAUACACCCGAUUUUUCAAGCAGCUGAUUGGUAUCCUUCUCAGCCUCUGGAAAUUAAACCAGUGCCGAAACCCGAAGGACACCUUAUUGGAAAAGGAAAAGAUUUAGUGUACGUCAAAAUAUACACUUCCGUUCUAUUCGCUGGAGGGGAUGCAUACAAGUACUACGAUUAUUUCGAUAAAACAAAAAUUGCUGAACACUCGCAACUGCUCGCAGAGGGCAUAGAUCGUUUAACGUAUGAAGUGGAGGACCGUCGUUUGCUCUACAGUUUCUUCAUCAAAAAGACAAUCUGUGAAAAGGUAGCAUAUUGGCUAGAGCAAGUCGUGAACAGCUCCAACUUUUUCAAAAGUUUUGCCACGACCGGUAGAAGUGGACUGCAAUGCUCCUACUCGAUGCCAGCACUCCAUCUACACAAACAGCACAAAGGUCAGUCGGAUGACAAUUAA